ACUUCCGGUGCGGCGGGGCUAGCCCGCGAGGGUCGACUAGCCACCUCGGCGUGCGUUCCGGACUCUCCUAGGUGCCCCGGGCGGGCGGUAGGCCACGCGGGGCUUGUGGGGCGUCCCUCGCUGAAUCCUAAAUAGUCUGCCCCGCCCACCUCUGCACCGCUGGACAGUUUCGGGUUAGGCAGACAUUCCGGCAGGCCCUGUGCUAUGAAGUCCUGGGAGCCCAAACUUUAAAAUAAAGUGAAAACGAUGAAGAAGUUAAGGCUUAAGGAACUGGAGAGUCGCCUGCAAGAAGUGGAUGGAUUCGAAAAGCCCAAGUUACUUCUAGAACAGUAUCCCACCAGGCCGCACAUUGCAGCAUGCAUGCUCUAUACAAUCCAUAACACAUAUGAUGACAUUGAAAAUAAAGUGGUUGCAGAUCUCGGAUGUGGUUGUGGAGUGCUUAGCAUCGGGGCUGCAAUGUUAGGAGCAGGGUUGUGUGUUGGAUUUGACGUAGAUGAAGAUGCACUGGAAAUAUUUAAUAGGAAUGUGGAAGAGUUUGAGUUAACAAAUGUUGAUAUGAUUCAGUGUGAUGUGUACGCAUUAUCUAACAGAAUGUCCAAGUUAUUUGAUACAGUAAUUAUGAAUCCUCCCUUUGGGACCAAAAAUAAUAAAGGGACAGAUAUGAUUUUUCUGAAGACUGCAUUGGGAAUGGCAAGAACAGCAGUAUAUUCUUUGCACAAAUCAUCAACUAGAGAACAUAUUCAGAAGAAAGCUACAGAAUGGAAAGUCAAGAUAGAAAUUAUUGCAGAGCUUCGCUAUGACCUGCCAGCAUUGUACAACUUCCAUAAAAAGAAAUCAGUGGACAUUGAAGUGGACCUAAUUCGCUUUUCUUUUUAAAAGCUUCCGAAGACAAAAAGCAGCUUAAAAUCUAACUAAGAUGAAUAAAAAUGUUGCUUACUAAA